UACGGUACGUCGACGUCCGACGUCGCGUAAUGUCUAUUGUCUAUGACUAACGACUAACCUAUAUAGUCAAGUAGACAAUUUUAAUUACUUUGGAUAAAAGUAUCAUUAUCAUAUGAAAAAUAAUAUGACAUGCCUUUAAACUUGUUAGGAGUCUAUGAUUUUCACCCAAGAUCCACAAAGUAAUUAAAUUAAAAAUGUUGAGAAGGUCCCUGUCAGUUCUCAGUUCAAAGUCCUUUGAAUAUUCUGCUGUUACAAAAAAACGGAGAAUUAAAUCAUGGCAGCUUCAUGAGUAUGGAGGAAUUGAUGAACUACAACUUGGGUCGAUUCGGUUGCCAGUUAUAAGAGACCCAAAUGAAGUUCUUGUACAAGUUAAUGCUGCUUCCGUUAACCCAAUAGAUUUACUUAUGAUAGGAGGUUAUGGUAGAAAUUUAUUUCAAAUUCAAAGAAAUUUUGAAAACGAACUACCUUUGACUGUAGGCCGAGAUUUUGCUGGAACUAUCAUAGCUAAAGGUCAUAAAGUUCGAGAUGGGAUGAAAGUUGGCGAUGAAGUUUAUGGAUUUAUUCCUUUACAUAAGCAAGGAACUUUUUCAGAAGUUAUUUUGGCCAAUGCUUGCCAUGUUCUACCAAUACCUAAACAGCUGAGUUCAAUAGAGAGUACCUCUUUAGUUUAUGCUACUAUGACUGCUUGGAGUGCUCUCUUCAUUUUUGGAAAUUUGGUGAGCAAACAGACAGAUGGAUUGCGAGUUUUGAUAUUGGGGUGCUCAGGAGGUGUAGGAACUGCAGCUGUUCAACUUUUGAAAUCUCAAGACUGUGUGGUUUUUGGGACUUGUUCCAGUGAUGCUGUAUCAUUAGUUUACAAUUUAGGUGCUGAUUGUGUAUUUGACUAUUCCUCUCCAGAUUUUCAUAAAAAUGUGGAGCUUGAAGGCAGAGAGAUGAACUAUUUUAAUAUUGACAUAUAUUUGGCUUCUGUGCUUGAACAUACAAUAAAAGAUGUAUCUAGCAUAGUUGAAACAGAAGUAGAUAGGACUCCCAAUCAGCUUUUGAUCAAGCCCGUUAUUCACAAAACAUUUGGUUUUGGUAAAUUACAAGACGCCUUCAAGACUGUGAGUGAGGGACACUUGAGAGGAAAAGUUGUGAUAGAUUUUAGUAUUGACAAUGACUGUAAUGAAUAGAAUAUUUUCUCUUUGAGAUGUUUUAUUAUAUAACUUUUAUUUCA